AUGCGUCCAGACGCUAUCAAUACCCCUCUUCGUAGCGAUUGGGAUGUAGCCGGUCAUCCUACAUGUACUUUAUGGUGGCCAGCUCGUUCUCAAAAGGCUGAGACCAUCAUCCUUUUUAUUCCCGGCAAUCCUGGUCUUAUUGACUACUAUACUGAAUUUCUCGAGAACGUUUAUCAACAAGCAUCGCCCAAUGUGGAGAUCUUUGGAGUGUCUCAAGUCGGCAUGUCGGCUUCAAGUCCACCUGACAAGGAGUAUACGUUCCAGGAACAAAUCGACCACAAGGUGUUUUGCUUUGACAUGCUACAGAAAGCAAAUCCUGAUGCACGUAUUAUUAUCAUGGGUCAUUCGAUUGGUGCUUACCUUGCAGCUGAAGUAGUCAAGCAACGUCCCACAGCUGUAUCACGUGUCUUUGGGUUGUUUCCAUGCUUGUACGAUAUCGGCAAGACCCCAAAAGGAAUUCGAAUUCAGCGCUAUCUGCUAAAGUUACCGCAAUGGGUGCUUACAGGUCUUGGAACGGUGUUAUCCUAUUUACCUCCGCCACUACUUGAAGGGUUAGUCGGUGCGGUGACCCACCACAAAGGCCAUAUCCUCAAGGUGACCGCUUCGCUGUGCAACCGAUCUACCAUCCGCACCGUAAUAAGAAUGGCACAUCAGGAGAUGCGACUUGUAAAGCAACUGGAUCAUCAUUUCUACUCGGCACAUAUGGACAAGUUUGUCUUGUACUAUUCACCUACCGAUGGAUGGGCACCCCUUGAACAUUAUCGUACUCUAAAAGCAGCUUAUCCCAAUCACAAACAUUUCUAUCUUUGCGAAAAAGGUUUGCAACACGACUUCUCAUUAGAUACCAAUGCAAAUAUUUAUAUGGCUCACAAGGUCAUUGAAUGGAUGAGAGGUGGACAAGAUAUGAAGUUUUAG